GGGUUAUUAAUGCUAACAUUUCGCGUGUAUCUAACGGCCAAGCGAGCGCGUAGAGUGCGCGUGUAACUUUUCGUACAUCCGUGACAACGUCUCGCUCGCAGGUCCUAGCGCUGAAUCCUCCAUCAUGCUUAGUUCUUGGCAGGAUUGCAAAUCGAAGACGAGACAUAGUUGAGGAAACGAGCAAUGAGCAACCGAAGGGAUCAUCGUACCUCAAGAACGUCUCUCUUCGACGGUCUUGAUGGGCUAGAAGAGGGUCGCUUGAGGACAUCCUCUUCGUAUCCUCAUGAUAUCAGCGAACACGACAAUGAUAAAGCCUUAGACAGUCUUCAGGACAGAGUUUCAUUUCUGAAGAGACUGACUGGAGACAUACAUGAGGAGGCCGAGACUCAUAAUCGCAUGCUGGACAGAAUGGGUAAUAACAUGGAUUCGGCUAGGGGAAUAAUGUCGGGAACCAUGAAUCGUUUCAAAAUGGUCUUUGAGAAGAAAUCCAACCGAAGAAUGUGCAAACUCGUAGCGUAUUUUGUGGGUGUGUUCUUGAUCAUAUAUUACCUUCUCAGGCUCUUGAGAUACAUCAAGGGCUGAACUGAAUUCUUCCGUAGUGAAGACAAGGUGCUAUUGUCACACAACUACUCAUCUUGGAUCCUAAUGCAGAAGUUUCAUUUCAUGUUAUGCAUCUUGGCUUCUAUGAAGAUGAUGAUGAUGAUGAUGAUGAUGAUGACACUGCAAUGUUAGUCAAACAGGUUAAUAGAGGACAAGAACACGUGUAGAGAACGGCUGGGGAGAGAGAGAGAGAGAGUAUUUAUGAGUAGAUAGAUACAUAUUUGUUUUUGAGCAGACAUUCACACUUCGAGAAUUCGUGUUAGGACAAACUUAUUUGUCAAUGAUGUUGAAUGCAGAGCUUGACAAAGUACCGUGGCACCUGUUUGAGCCCACGUUGACUUCCCAA